AUGGCGAAAGCUACUUUCCAGGACCUCAACCCUGCAGGCUUGCUGCUUUGUGCAGUGGUCGCGUUGCUAUUAUACCAAAUUUUCCGUGCGCUACGUCGUCGGCGCCGUAGCACGCCUCUGAGAGGUCCUCCUAGUCAAAGCUUCCUAUGGGGUAUCCGCAAAUAUAUGUCAUUCUCAUCCGACACCAUCGACAUGUUCGAACAGUGGGUCAUUGCGUAUGGACCGGUAUUCCAUCUGCCUUCCGUCCUUGGUUCUCGCGAAGUAGUGCUUGCCGAUCCGAAAGCUCUGUCCCACUACUACUCCAAGGAGACCACUAUUUAUCAAAAGACAACGUAUCUCAGGCUUGCGCUGGAGAAGAUUGUGAGAUAUCGUCCUUGCCCCUGCCGAAGGCAACGCCGGACUGUCUCUCCUGCCUUCAGUAAUUCUGCACUGCGCAACUUGACUCACAUCUUUUUCGACUCGGGGUAUAAGGUGCGCUGUCCUACAAUCAAUUAUAUAUUGACUCGUAUUCUCAUUAGACUGGACAGUAUCGGGAUAGCUGGAUUCUCGCACGACUUCGGCACGCUCUAUGGGAACCAUCUUACCAUAGCUGAGAUCAUCGAUGCCUUCAGCAUCGUACGACCUUCCUUUUUCGCGAUGAUUUGUUUUCUCCUAGAACCAAUAUUCCCGGUUUUACGCCGGGUACCCACUGCGCGAGGUAAACUGGUACAAAGCUUGAACGAGAGCAUGGCCGACAUUUCGCAUGAGAUGAUGGAGAGGGCCAGGAAGGCUAGUGACGGGAACGCCAAGCCUGAGGAUAAUUCCGUCAUCGGUCUUCUCAUGAGAGCUGGCGACGCUGCCUCGAGUGCCGGAUACUCGCAGGAAGAAGUAAUAUCUCAGAUGAAGGCACUGCUCCUUGGUGGUUACGAGUCGACCUCUACUACUCUCACUUGGUCACUGAUUGAGCUGUCAAGACACCCAGACAAGCAGGCUAGGUUGAGGGAAGAACUCUUAACCAGCUUCCCCACCUCGGACCCGACCUGGGACCAGCUGACGAACAAUAUGCCAUAUCUCGAUGCCGUAGUCCACGAGAUCCUAAGGCUUCACCCGCCUCUAGACGAGACGUGGCGUGUGGCCGUUGAAGACGAUGUUAUUCCUCUCAGCACUCCUAUCACGACGGCUUCAGGGAACGUUGUUGACCGCAUCGUUGUAGCCAAGGGCACUCAAGUCACUAUCCCAAUUGCUUGCAUGAAUCGCUCGGACGCUAUCUGGGGUUCGGAUGCCAAAGAAUUCGCACCAGAGCGAUGGUUGGACGAAGCUUGCAUACCGAAAAAAGCUAAGGAAGUCCAAGGACAUCGGCACCUACUGACAUUUAUCGAUGGGCCAAGGAAAUGCAUUGGAAGAGGUUUCGCCUUAGCUGAGAUUAAGGCCGUGUUGUCCGUGUUGGUGCGGAGCUAUACGUUCCAAUUACGGGACGGGCCUGGAACCAGAAUAGAGAGUAAGACAUCCAUUUUGCCGCGUCCCACGAUUACAGGGGAAGUUGGCUGCAAAAUGCCGCUCCGGGUCCGUAGAGUCGGUUAG